GUAAUUGACCGGAAGUGUAGCAAGCUUGGCGCGUUUUGAGUGAAAGUUGGCGCCACGAGUCACAGCAUAACAAAACGCUCUGCAAUAACACGAGAUUUAUUUUUGAAGCAGGAGAAUUUCUGAAGUCAUGACUGUUAAAUUGACAGAAGGUGCCAUUGAGGCCCUAAUCAAAGGUAAUGAGGUUACAAACCCAGUCCUUCAGUUGAUUAAUAUUCGAAGGCUUGAGUCGGGCAGUGGACCAGUUCGCUUCCGUCUCAUGAUGAGCGAUGGCCUUCACACCAUGUCCUCCUUCAUGCUCGCCACGCCGCUGAACUCCCUGGCUGAACAAAACCUUGUAGCUCCCAACUGUGUCUGCUUACUGAAGAAAAGUGUCACCAAUGUUCUUAAAGAUGGACGCACUGUGGUUAUUAUUCUGGACUUGGAGGUGAUUAAACCUGCGGAUCAGGUGGCAGGGAAAAUAGGAGACCCAACUCCUUAUGUGGAGGGUCAGUCCAAGGCUCCGCAGACGGUACCUGCUCCUGCUGCUCCUACUCAUUCUGCUCAUUCUGCACAUUCUGCACGUCCAUUGCAGCCACAAAAUGGAGGCUCCAUGAAUAGAGGCUCUAGUCGUGAUUUUGGGAAGAAGCCCAUGAGUGCACCCAGCACACCAGGAGGCACUUCAAAAGUAGUGCCUAUUGCCAGCCUUAAUCCCUACCAGUCAAAAUGGACCAUUAGAGCACGAGUCACUAACAAGAGUGCCAUUCGUACCUGGAGCAACUCUCGAGGGGAUGGCAAGCUCUUCUCCAUGGAUAUUGUUGACGAAAGUGGAGAAAUUAGAGUGACUGGGUUUAAUCAGGAAGUGGACAAAUUCUACACCCUGAUCGAACAGGGGAAGGUGUACUAUUUCUCUAAGGGCACUCUGAAGAUCGCCAACAAACAGUUCUCAACUCUGAAGAACGACUAUGAGAUGACUUUGAACGGCGAGUCGGGCAUCAUCCCCUGUGACGACAGCCACGACGUUCCCAUGUUGCAGUGUGACUUUGUCCCCAUCGCUGAUUUGGAUGCUCGGGACAAGGACGCCAUUGUCGAUGUGAUCGGCGUGUGUAAGAGUGUGGAGGAUGUGACGCGUAUUACAACUAAGAACAGUCGUGAGGUUUCCAAGAGGAACGUCCAGCUGAUGGACAUGUCUGGCAAAAUUAUCCAAGUCACAAUGUGGGGAAGUGAGGCAGAGACAUUUGAUGGCACCGGGCAGCCUAUCUUGGCUAUAAAGGGGGCCAGACUCUCUGAUUUUGGAGGGCGCUCGCUUUCCACACUCUACAGCAGCACACUGAUGAUUAACCCGGACAUUCCUGAGGCAUACAAACUGCGAGGCUGGUAUGAUAAAGAGGGUCACGCUCUAGAUGGUCAGUCCAUGACAGAGUUGAGGGGCGGAGGCAGCGGCGGUGGUCCCAGUAACUGGAAGACUUUGGCAGAUGUCAAAAACGAGCACCUGGGUCACGGAGACAAGGCUGAUUACUUUAGCUGUAUUGCCACGAUCGUGUACAUGAGGAAGGAGAAUUGUCUGUAUCAGGCCUGUCCCAGCAAGGACUGCAACAAAAAGGUGGUGGACCAGCAGAAUGGCUUGUACCGCUGUGAGAAGUGCGACAAAGAGUUUCCUGAAUUCAAAUAUCGUCUCAUGCUCUCUGCGAAUAUUGCAGAUUUUUCAGAUAACCAGUGGGUGAUGUGCUUUCAAGACAGUGCUGAGACCAUCCUGGGCCAGAAAUCAGAGUACAUUGGCCAACUCAAGGACUCUAACGAGGCUGCCUUUGAUGAGGUCUUCCAGCACGCCAAUUUCAGCACUUUUGUUUUCCGUAACAGAGUGAAAUUGGAGACCUACAAUGAUGAAUCUCGCAUUAAGGUGACAGUGGUGGAGGCCAAGCCUGUGGAUCACAAGGAAUACGGCAAAAGGCUGAUCAUGAACAUCAGGAAGCAUGCAGUGCAUUGAGAACACUGUUACUUUUCUCCAAGCACUUCAAGCUUUAACCUGCAGCAUCCAUGUGUCUUUUUCUUUGUGCUGUCCUUCCUUUAUUUUAUUUUGUUAUUAAAGUCUGAUCAUGUCAUGUUUUCUCUGCUACAGAACGGCUUACAGAUAUAUAUGAAAAAAACAAAUGCUUAUUUUCAACUGAGAGGUGCUGCAGGUCGAGCGUGGUUUGGUUUAUGUGGUUUUCCCGACAUGUUAACAAUUAGUUGUGGGUGGUUUAUUAGAAACUGCUGACCUUUUAGUGAGUGAAUAUUUAAGAGAAGUAAAGAGAAUUGUGUAAGAUCAGGCGGUAGCAUACUGGUCAGUAUGUAUGAACACAAGGUUGUGCCUGUCAGCAGGCAGAAGCAAAUCCACUGCCCUUUCGUAACAUUUUGGUUCAGCAGCUUGGUCAGUAAGCAGGCUUCCUGUCUCUGAGCUCACCUUGCCUGAGCCUGCACAGUUUAAGGUCAAGUUGACUUCCCAGAGACAAACGCUCUGUGUAGAUAUUUUUCUCCUUUUUGUUUGUUUGUUUUCUGGAGAGCUAAAGUUUAACCAACACAAGAAAUAAAGAUGUUGACGUUGA